AAAUCAAAAAAGUUCAAAUUUGAUUUUUAUAAAUUUCAUAGUGAAAUGUAUAAAAUAUAAGCACAACACCUCCAUUAGCUCCAAAACAAAAUCAUUUUUAUAAUAUUUUAUAGUCUAACGGUUACUGAAGAAAUGAAGCGUUAAAAUCCAAAGAUAAUUUUCUUAUUAACAUGGUGUAUACAUACGUAUUUAAAUGCCAGUCGAGACUUUGACCAAAACCCAGACAUUAAUACUCCUCCAUUUUUUGCAAAACCUGGGAGACACUUUAAAGAUGCAGAAUUUCUAAAAAUAGCCCUGACUCGUCAUCAGCCCUGAGGCAGAAAUCCUGCAAAACCUUGGAGGAGACGAGGAAAAGAGGUUUUCCCCUUGACAACACUAUGAGUGACGGAAGCUGUGAUGAAAUGGAGCCACGGCCUGUCUAACCAAAGAUGAAAUUACACCAACCAAUGCCAGAAGGAUGUUUUAUUUUAAAUAAUUCAUGGUUAAACCACCAGUUAACUUUGAAGCUGCAGCCGCUGAAAGAAGUGGACCAAGGCAUCGCCUUGAGAGUAGGAGGGCAGGAGGAGGGGUGUCUGGAAUUCCUCGUCACACUAAAUAAUGCGUAAAUUCCACUGAAUGAGAGCGUUCAACGUUUAACCCUCCCUCCCUGAAAUCACUCUUACUGGGAAAAGGAUCCAAUCAGAGCCCUGCGUCUUGUCUUAACCCCCACACUGGCUCCACCUCCUCUUCGCUGUCAUUAUAUAGUCUAUGGACAUCAGCAUCACAAACACAGUGGCACACACAGUGUGCACCCUCUCCUCCUCCUGCAGCAGCAGCAGCAGCAGCAGCAUUGACCACAGAAAAAGCUCCGCACAUGAAGCUGCACUGACUAAGAAAAGAUUCCAUGCUGACUGAAAAUCCUCGCUCCUCUCAUUGCGUUUCUCUAACCGGACAUUACAAACAAGUGGCAAAUGUUUAGUUGAGUGCAGCAGCAGAGGCAGCAGAAGCAGCAACAGCAGGACCACUUCAGGCACUCAAACUCAAAAAGACUUCAGAGGAACUUCUUGUAAAGUCAUAAAGAUCAAACCAGCUGUUCUUAGAUUGUUCCACUCCAGGAUGGGUUGUUCUUCAGGUCGCCAGCCUCCAGCCUCGGUCUUUCACCCCGACUUGGAUCGUAACGAGACCAACACUUUGCCUCAGGACUCGGAGAAUCAGAAUCAACUUAUGAACGGUAUUGGAGAAGGAGCAGUAGGUGAGGAAGAAGAAAGAGGUGGUGAAGAAGAAGAAGAAGAAGAAGAGGGUGAAAACGGGAGCUCUGGAAGAGACCGAGACCCCAAACCUCCAGAGACUCUACCCACACUGGAGCGUCUGGCUCAGGCUACAGGUGGGACAGAAAAGUCCUGGUACCGAUGCGUGUUCCCCUUUGGUGUCAUCUCCCUGGUGAUCGGCAUGGCAGGGACCGGGGGGACAUUCACCUUCAACACACUCCUCCAGACCAAGGUGGUGUCGGUGGCACUGCUGUGUGCUGGUGUGCUGAUGCUGCUGGUGGCUGCCGUUUGCUGGAGGACUCACAGACUGAGGAGGAGGAAGAAGAAGGAAGGAGGCUUCUUCACCGCCGAUCAAGGGACUUUGUGAUGCAGAUGGUUGGACUUUUAUUUUAUUUUUAUUUUUUUAACUCCAACAUAGCACUUCAGGUUGGACUUUUUGGACUGAACAAAAGUUUUUAGACGUAGAAAAGUCAGGACUUUGCACUUUACAGCAGAAAAGGGAAAAAAACUGUCAUUUCCUCCCCAUCCUGAGACGACGUACAGGGUAUGAGUCACACUAGAAAACUCUCCUCUCCUCUCCUCCUCUCCUCCUCUGUUCAUUCCUGUUAGGGAUUUACCUGGUGAUCCAGAGCCUAGAGAACAUCACUGAAGAUCCUGUCUGCAAGGCUGUGUUCUUGUCGGUGUCAGUGGAGGUGAAGAAUGAUCAGUAGCAGAGGAAAGCCACUCAGGAAUACUGUAGUUAUUUAACACUUCCUGACCUCCGAGUGGGACAGGAGGUGUUACUGACAUGAUGAUAACUGCCAGGAAAAUGUGUUUUAGCAUGUUUUAGGACUCAUCGGGGGCCACAGUUCAAAUCAAUCUUUUGAUGAGGAAAAAGAACUCUGAAUCUGGGAAAAGUAUCAUCCAAAAAUGCAGCAGAAAUCUAUAAAUCUUCUGUUUUUAAAUUUAUUUAAAUCUUUAUAUUGAGUCUUUUCACUCACUAGCAAAAUGUUUGGACAGAGGCAAAGUCUACAAAUAUUAUAGAACAACAUUUAUUUUUUUGUUGUUGUAUCUGAGGAACACUGAGCUCACGCUGUGGCAGAAGGACAACCAUCAUUUCAUCAGUGUUCCUCAUGCUUCUCCCUGAAGCCAAAUUUAGCCCUCGCACACACCUGGGUCAACACUUGGUCCCCAUGUGGUGGACAAACACCAGGUCAGACUGUUUCAGGAUCAAUAGGAAGUACCGCUGGGUCAGACAUCGAGCCGGAGACGAAGAUGUGAUCCACUUUCAGACUCUUGGGAUGUCCAAAAAUAGAUCCAGAGAAGAAGAAAUCAUGUGACAACAAAAACACCAUCAAGGCUUGCAUCCUUUACUUAAGUCUUGCCUCCCACUGAGGCAACCAGAGGAGGCGCUGCUGGACAUCAGGCGUGGAAAAAGGGCAUGAGAGAAAGGAAGGAGAAAAAUCCAUUUAGUUUUUCUUUUAGUUUUGAUUUUUAUUGGUUUUACUGGAUGUAAGAAGUGAAUUUUAAAUGUACUUAGAUAUAACCGGCAGUCCUUCAUAAAUAUAAUGUUUAAAUGUAGCAGCAGCAGCAGCUACGUUAGCUAUAACAUAAAAUUGCAGCCAAUGUAGUUUAAGGGGCAGCUUUAUGUCAGCUGUAGCGGUGUUCUUGUGAAUGAUAAUGAGUAAAAUGUUUACCAGCAUCACUCUUUAUUCAGUUGCAUGGAGUUUUUUGUCAUAGUUUUAUUCGUUUUUUCCCAUGGUUUUCUCCACAGAAACAGAGAUCUGUCAGACUCAGUCUUACACAAAUGUACAGAUUUGUUGCUGGGUUAUGUGUAGCAUAACAUUUUAUGCAUUUUAUUAUUUCCUUGCAAGUCACCUACUUCUGGACCAAACUUAACUUAAUUUUUGUAAAACAAAAUGGUACAAUUUUAAUUGCCAGUUAUCAAAAGCCAAAAGGAAAUUAAGUAAAGUAAGCCCAGAAAAUCUAAGAAGAAAAAUUGUAGGAAAAUCUGAUGGAAUUUCCCUAGAAAUUGCCCAAAAUGCUCCAUUAGACAGAGAAAGAAAGCAUUUUAGCACCGAGUUUAACUGCCACAGAUUUUGGACACUGUUGAGCCAAAGGGUUUCUCAUUCAGUGGUGAUGCAUUCAUUUAAAUAUGCGUACAUGCAGUAUAUUUAACUUGAAAUACUUUUAAAGUAUAUUAAAAUACUCGUAACAUGUCAUAAAUAAGAUACUGUGUUCUAUGCUAGAGUGUACCCACAUUUUCUAAAUCAACAAAGUAAAAAAAAAACAACUUCUUUGUGCAGAGUGUUAAGGAUAUUAAUAGCUUCCUUUUUUUAAAUGCACAUUUUCAGUUCAGAAAUGUGUAUUUAUUUUGUUUUGUUUUUUUUACAUGUGAAUGGUACAACAUAUUUUAAUGAUAAUUGUCAGUGUUUUCUUCAGUGAUGUGUCCGUUCCAUUCCAUUGACGCGGCCGAGCUCGUUCUCUGAGUGCCUUUUUCAUGCAUCUUGGAAUUCUCUUUCUGUGAGGUGCAGUUAUUGUGACAUUGGUGCCACAAACGUAGCAAACGUUUUUUUCUUAUUUGUGACAAUUUUUGUGUGCAUGAUGAUUUUGUUUUUUUUAUCAGAAAAUCCAAAUAUGUUCUUUAUUCUGCAGCUUAUUUGUGUGUGUCAGUGAAUGAUUGUUGUUAGUUUCUCCUUUUUACUGUAGCCUGAGCUGCUCACGCGAUGAAUAAAAAGAGAAAAGUCAUUUUUGGAACCAAGCUCUGUCUGUUGUCUAUUUGUCUUUUUUUUUUUUUUCAAUUGCCUUUCGCCAUCUUGCUGGAAAAUGGCAGCGAGAGAAAAAAAAAAAAGCAUUAGUGCAGCUGUUCAUAUGGAGCAUUAGCAUCAGUUCAAAUACAAUGACAUUUGUGCUGCACAGCAGGAUCCAUACAUUCACAUAGGUCAACUACUGCCUCUCUGGAGGCACCGGAAGAUAAAGCCCCAUUUAUAUUCAGUCGAUAUGGAGAUUUUCUUUUUUUUUUUUUUGGUUUUAUUGCUGACCUUUUUAUUUUUUCAGAGCAACUGUAGCUGUCUGUGGUCUAUUUUUGGCAGUUGUUUAGGCUUGCUGAUUUUAAGCUAACUUUGGCUCAUUUCACAUUCACAUUUUUCAUAACCUUUCAAUUUUAUUAAAAAAAAACCGUGGCAGUGAUUCUUGGACCAAAUGAAAUGUGAGAAUAAUCUGUGACGCUGCUCUGACUGACCCGAGCAUUCCAAUUAGAUAUUAUAAAGAACCAGUAGAGACAAGUUUUUAAUUCUGUGGGGUAAAGUUUGUUGCAAAGUGAUUCUUGACUUAAUUUCCUCUAAAACUAGAAAAAAUGUACAUGAAUAAAGCCAGGUUUCGUGAACUCGGUGUUCUUUUGGAUAAGACACAGGAAUGAAGAUCAUGAUCUGGCAGAAAUUGUAUUCUGGAACGCUUCUUCUUCUCCUCUCGGAUAGUCUUAAUGAUUUCUUUUGUUGAGAAUAUGAGAAUAUGAGAAUAUAUUCAAAGAAAAAAAACUAAAUGGGCUUUUGAUUUUUAAAGGUAAAAACCAGUUCACCUACAACAACACAGAAUCAGUUGAAAUCUAAAGCUUUCAGGCUUCUCGUUCACUUUUGUGAGCGCAGCUGUUUGCAUCAAUAUUCAAACGAUGCGUCCACGCUUCUUUCUCCUCCUCAACCUCCUCCUCCAACGCCCACUCCUCUCAUCCACACACUUACGAGAGACUGUGUCAUUCCCCCCUCUUUCCAGCUCUCUCUCUCUUUCUCUCUCUCUGCCAUCCUCUCCCUUUGGAUAGGGCUAAAAAUAAACCAAAGGCUGAUGUCAAAAGAAAAGGAAUGAGACGUGAGCGAGGGUCCUCUGCUACGGGAGUGGGAACAAAAUCAAUGUGUAAAAAUGGAAGUUAAUUAUAGUCGAUGUUGACGGACAGCGAAAGGGCACGCUUUUCAGAUGCAGGAAUGGUAAUUAAAUGUUCAAGCAAAUAACUUAUUAGAAAACAAUGUUAGCAUUAGCUGGUGAAAUGUUUAACAUUUGUGUAAAUGGGAGACUAAACUGUAGAGGGCAUUAUAUUUCACUGACUCCUUUUUGACAUUUGUUACAAAACUAUUUAAACUAAUGGACAAAAAAACAGACAAAAUAUUGAACUUCUUGUUGGGUUUAGUAUUUAUUUGGAGAUUUUUAAAACUCACCUCGACACUGUUUCUUUUUUUUUUAAGCAAAAAUGUUUUUAUGUUGUUGUUGUUUUAGGUUCACAACAAAAUUGUGACUAUUUUAAACUUUAAAACACAGAAAGCUAAGAUCAGCCCUAAAAAUUGAAU